AUGGCUCCAAGCAAGAAGAGGCCAGCUGCGCAGUCAGGGGGCCUCCGCAAGAAACCUGCAGCAAGGCAUGUGGACACGGAAGAGGAAGAGGAAGAGGAGGAGGUAGGAGAUGAAGGGGAGGAGGAGGAGGGGGAGGAAGAAGAGGAAGAGGACGACGAGGAAGCAGAGGAGGAGGACGACGAAGAGGACGUCACCGUGCGCAAAAAGCCAGCUUCCAAAGAUGAAAAGCCGAAGAGCCGGUCCAUGAAGGCUCCUCCAAGCAAGCGGGAGGCCAAGACAGCCCUCCGAGAGGCCGUCAAGAAGAAGAAGACCGUGGAUCGCUUGAAGAGGGAGAUCAAGCCCCUGGCACAGAAGCUCAAGGAGAAGAGGGAUGAGCUACGAAUCGCAGAUCAGGAGUUGGAGAAGCUGAAUGCAGCCGCUAACAAGCUGGGAAGAGCCGUAGAGAAAGAGACGAAAGCAAAGGAGCUCAGACGUAAGAAGCGCGCCCGGGUCAUCAAGAAGAAUGCCGGCGAGCGGGUGCGGAGCUUGCGGGAGAAGCUAAAUGAAGCCAAGGCAGACAUAGCAAAGUUCAAAGCUGCAGAGGCGCAGGCCAAGAAGAAGCUCUCUACGGCUCAGAAGGAGUACAAGCAGCUCCAAUCCAAGGGAGAUCAGUACAGUCACCAUGGCUUCAGUGCCAAGCGUGCCGUCGAGGCUGCCAAGGCAGACUUCGAGAAGGCCAAGCUCGGCUUGGUGCACGCCUCGGAGAGCUUCGAGAAGUGCCAGGAGCAGCUGAAGACGGCGCAAGAGAAGAUCUCUCAGAUCAAGGAGAAGUCGCAGAAGCCCAGUGCCAGUGGUUCCACCAGCGCUGGUGGGAAGGUGAUGAAGCGUCCAGCGGCGCGAGCAGGGGUCUCAGCUCGUCUCACAGCUGUGCAUGGGCGCAGAUUUAUGGCGUUUACGUUUGUACAGUGUGCAGUGCCAGCACUGCCAUCAGACGGGGCUGCGCAGUCGACCAAGACAGUCGCCUUGCUGCAGUGUGGGGGAACAGCACUCCUAAUGGCGGUGAUUUGGAAAGCGGGGAUGACCUAUUUGCAAGAGCAAAAGAACCGCUCAGCGAUGACUCGACCAUGGACAGCUGUCGCUUGCACUCCUGAUGCUGGCAAUUCCCUGGCAA